GUUUCAAAGGAUUAUCAAUCCAAUUGUCGGUUGUCUUGUCGCUUCAUCAUUUUUCAUCGCUAAUUGUUAAUUUUUCCGUCCUUUUUUGUAAAUUAUUCGUUACUCUAGAAGAUUGAACUAGAGAAGAGCUUAGUUCCUUCUUUUUAACUGAUUCUGGAUUCUCUAGUCAGGUUGUUGAAAAUUGUUUUAGGAGAAAAUGGGGAUCAUCGAGAAGAUUAAAGAGAUUGAGUUCGAGAUGGCUAGGACUCAGAAAAAUAAGGCUACAGAGUACCAUCUUGGUCAGCUGAAGGCAAAGAUUGCUAAGCUGAGAACUCAACUAUUAGAGCCUCCAAAAGGUUCUAGCGGAGCUGGAGAAGGUUUUGAAGUUACAAAAUAUGGUCAUGGAAGAGUUGCAUUAAUUGGUUUCCCAAGUGUGGGGAAGUCAACUCUUUUAACACAAUUAACUGGAACUCAAUCAGAAGCUGCGUCAUAUGAGUUCACAACACUUACCUGCAUUCCUGGUAUUAUUCACUACAAUGAUACCAAGAUUCAAUUGCUUGAUCUUCCUGGUAUCAUUGAAGGUGCAUCAGAAGGGAAAGGACGUGGUAGACAGGUUAUUGCUGUUUCAAAGUCAUCAGACAUUGUUUUGAUGGUUCUUGAUGCUUCAAAGAGUGAAGGACAUCGGCAAAUUUUAACAAAGGAACUUGAAGCUGUAGGCCUGCGGUUAAACAAGAGACCACCUCAGAUAUACUUCAAGAGGAAGAAAACUGGGGGCAUUUCUUUCAACAGCACAAUGACUUUAACCCAUGUGGAUGAGAAGCUUUGUUACCAAAUUCUUCAUGAGUACAAGAUUCAUAAUGCAGAGCUUUUAUUUCGUGAAGAUGCUACAGUGGAUGAUCUUAUUGAUGUUAUUGAGGGAAACCGUAAAUACAUGAAGUGUGUGUAUGUCUAUAACAAAAUAGAUGUUGUUGGUAUUGAUGAUGUUGACAGAUUAGCCCGACAGCCAAACUCUAUUGUCAUUAGUUGCAAUUUGAAGCUGAAUCUUGAUAGACUUUUGGCAAAGAUGUGGGACGAGAUGGGACUAGUGAGAGUUUAUACAAAACCACAAGGACAGCAACCAGAUUUCAGCGAUCCUGUGGUCCUUUCAGCCGAUAGAGGUGGCUGUACUGUCGAAGACUUCUGUAACCACAUUCACAGGAAUCUUGUGAAGGAAGUGAAGUAUGUGUUAGUGUGGGGAAUCAGUGCAAGGCAUUAUCCUCAGCAUUGCGGUCUCAGCCAUCUACUUCAGGAUGAAGAUGUUGUUCAGAUUGUUAAGAAAAAGGAGAAGGAAGAUGGAGGGAAAGGGCGGUUCAAAUCUCAUUCGAAUGCUCCUGCUCGUAUCUCGGACAGGGAGAAGAAGGCUCCCUUGAAGACAUAAUAAUAUACAAAACCGACAGACCUCGGAUCAUCACAACCUAAGAAUAAGUUUUGGUUUUGGUUUUGUUUUGUUUAGACUAUUCUUAAAUAUACUUUUUCUAUUGUAUUGGGUAAAAUGUAUAACAUUAACUAACAAGGCCAUGUUUCUUCCUAUUUUACAAAGUUUUCUUAUGCUUGACUUGA